AUGCUGUUCUACUCGUUCUUCAAGACCUUGAUCGGAAAGGAAGUUGCCGUGGAGCUGAAGAACGAUGUCGCGUUGGUUGGGACAUUGCAUUCCGUCGACCAAUACCUCAACAUAAAACUCACCGACGUCAGCGUCGUGGAAGAGAACAAAUACCCGCAAUUGAUGAACAUGAAGAAUUGCUUCAUUCGAGGGUCCGUCGUACGGUACAUUCAAAUUGCCAAGGCCGACGUGGACACGGAACUGCUCCAAGACGCGGCUCGAAGAGAAGGAAGUGCAAACCGAGCAAGCAUUGCCCGAGCGUAG